CACCAAUCUCUCUCUCUCUCUCCUCUAUAUCGCCGUCCGGUGAUUAUAUUUUCCUACGGCGUCAGUAAUUUUAUUAUUUCCACAAAUAUCCCUUCCUCUACGCCACUUUUCAGUUACACUUAAUUUUCUUCUUUCUUGGUUAUGCAUUUAUUGCUGUCUACACACUUGGGAAAAGGAAUCAAGAUUAAUAGUUCUGUUGGAAUUGAGAUUCUUGAUUUGCUAGUCGCCGGCAGCCAUGUCGGGUCCAUUAGAUCGGUUUGCUAGACCUUGCUUUGAGGGGUCAUCUACACAUGAUGAGAGAAGAGAGAGAAAAUCUGAUUUUGAGAAUUCAGAGGAUGAGAGGAGGACGAGAAUUGGUUCCCUGAAAAAGAAAGCAUUGAAUGCAUCAACGAAAUUCAAACAUUCUCUUAAAAAGAAAGGUAGUAGAAGAAAAAGCAAUGGACGGUUGAGCUCACUUUCCAUCGAGGAUAUUAGGGAUGCUGAGGAGCUACAUGCUGUUGAUCAGUUUAGGCAAUCAUUACUUUUGGAUGAGUUGUUACCCGAGAGACAUGAUGACUACUAUAUGAUGUUGAGGUUCUUAAAAGCAAGAAAGUUUGAUAUCGAGAAAGCCAAGCAUAUGUGGGCUGAUAUGCUUCAGUGGCGGAAGGAAUUUGGCGCUGACACAAUCACGGAGGAUUUUGAAUUCCCAGAGAUGGAAGAAGUUGUAAAAUAUUAUCCCCAAGGUUAUCAUGGGAUUGAUAAGGAGGGAAGACCAGUAUACAUUGAAAGAUUAGGGAAAGUUGAUCCUAACAAACUCAUGCAAGUCACAACCAUGGAUCGUUAUGUAAAAUAUCACGUAAGGGAGUUCGAGAAAAGCUUUUUGAUCAAGUUUCCAGCUUGUACAAUAGCUGCAAAAAGGCAGAUUGAUUGUAGCACUACUAUUUUGGACGUUCAGGGAGUGGGUUUGAAAAACUUUAGCAAGAGUGCAAGGGAGCUCAUUUUGCGGCUCCAGAAGAUUGAUGGUGAUAAUUAUCCUGAGACGCUUCAUCAGAUGUUCAUAAUCAAUGCUGGGGCUGGCUUUAGGCUCCUGUGGAAUACUGUUAAGAGUUUUCUGGACCCCAAGACGGCCUCCAAGAUACAUGUUCUUGGGAACAAGUAUCAAAAUAAAUUGCUUGAAAUAGUUGAUGCUAGUGAGUUGCCAGAUUUCAUAGGUGGUAACUGUACAUGUGCAGAUCGAGGAGGUUGCAUGCGUUCAGAUAAAGGACCAUGGCAAAAUCCAGAUAUAUUGAAGAUGAUUGGUGAAGCACGGCGUGCCAAGCAGCUUGUUAAAGUUCUAAAUAGUGAAGGGAAGAUAGUUUAUGCUAAGCCUCGUUACCCAAUGCAGGUGAAAGGUAGUAGUGACACCUCUACUGCUGAAUCUGGAUCUGAAGCUGAAGAUAUUGCUUCCCCAAAAGCUGUAAGGAGUUAUUCACAUCUCCGGCUUACUCCUGUCCGAGAAGAGGCCAAGGCUAUUGGAAUGCCUGGCUACACCCCAAACUUCCCAGGAUAUGAUGAAUAUGUUCCCAUGGUCGACAAGGCUGUUGAUUCUGCAUGGAAGAAGGAACCAUCCCUUCAAAGACCCUCCAUCCCCAAAGUGAUGCUUCCACCAGCAGACUCCCAAAAGCCUGUAGAAGGUCUUCAUGCUCGAGUUUUAGGACUUCUUAUGGCCUUCUUCAUGACUGUUGUUGUGCUUUUCCGCUCAAUUACAUGCCGUGUUACCAAGAAACUUCAAGGUGCAUCGACUGUUGAGAACCAAGGUGUUCAAGACUUCACAUUUGAUGCUAGCCCUAAAGAGGAGUUUCGCCCCCCUUCACCUACUCCAGCCUUUACAGAAGCUCAACUGCUCUCCGUUGUUCUCAAGAGACUGGGUGAACUUGAAGACAAAGUAACUACGCUUCAAGAAAAGCCGUCUGAGAUGCCUUAUGAAAAAGCUGAAUUGCUAAAUGCAGCUGUUUGCCGGGUGGAUGCCCUAGAAGCUGAGUUAAUAGCAACCAAGAAGGCAUUACAUGAGGCAUUGAUGAGGCAAGAAGAACUUCUCGCUUACAUUGACGGUCAAGAAGCUGCCAAGUACCAGAAAAAGAAGAAGUUUUGCUUUUAAUAUGAAGAUGCUUCAGGACAUGGAUCUCGAAUUUUCCACUGUAGGUAUCCAAAUGAGAUACAUAUUUGUAAUGUGUUGGCAAUACUCCCAGUCAUUGUGCAGUGGAUCUGUGUUGAGUGUUAUCCUUUUUUGAUCAUUUGCAAAAUGAGGUGAACACUUUCUCAUAAUGUGAAAAAUUAUAUGUUCUGUAAGUUUCUUGUUUGAUUUUGGAAUAAUGAAGUAACAUUUGAAAUGAUGAUAUAAAAUGAACUUAAUUGAAGAAAGUCGAGAUCA